GCCCUUCGCGAUGGCUGCUGUCAGGGUUCUGGUGUCGCCGAGGUUGGCUUCUGCGCUCCUACCGCUCUCAGGGCGCCACCGGACUACCUCCCAGCGCGCAGCCAUUCACAGCUCCGCACCGCGGCCCCGGGCCAGGGUGGCGUUGGUGCUGUCGGGCUGCGGAGUCUAUGACGGAACCGAGAUCCACGAGGCCUCAGCGAUCCUGGUGCACCUGAGCCGAGGCGGAGCUGAGGUCCAUAUCUUUGCUCCUGAUGUCCCUCAGAUGCACGUGAUUGACCACACCAAGGGGGAGCCUUCUGAGAAGGAAAGCAGGAACGUUUUGGCUGAGUCAGCAAGGAUCGCCCGAGGCAAGAUCACCAACCUGGCUCAGCUCAGCGCUGCUAACCACGAUGCUGCCAUUUUCCCUGGAGGCUUUGGGGCUGCCAAAAACCUGAGCACAUUCGCUGUGGACGGGAAGGACUGCAAGGUUAACAAGGAGGUGGAGCGUGUCCUGAAGGAAUUCCACGGAGCCAAGAAGCCCAUUGGCCUAUGCUGCAUCGCUCCUGUCCUCGCAGCCAAAGUGAUCAAAGGUGUGGAGGUCACCGUGGGCCAUGAGCAAGAGGAGGGGGGCAAGUGGCCAUAUGCUGGAACCGCGGAAGCCGUCAAAGCCCUGGGUGCCAAGCACUGUGUGAAGGGUGUGACCGAAGCUCACGUCGACCAGAAAAACAAGGUGGUCACCACCCCGGCCUUCAUGUGUGAGACCGAACUCCACCACAUCCACGACGGGAUUGGGGCCAUGGUGAAGAAGGUGCUGGAACUCACGGGAAAGUAACACCACCAGCACCACGCUUGGCCUCCGUCGUCGCUGUGGCACGCUCAGCCUGUGUGCUCCGGUCAGCCAGGACACGGGAGCUGCUGUUCUAUUAGAAGCAUAGACACUUUGUGCCUGAAGGAGGAGCUUUGCAACUAUGCGUCCAACCUUGGCUUCUACCAGCCGGAAGCCAGAGUCUCACCAAGGGCCCCAGGUAGCAGCAGGAAUUUCACUGGGGGCUGGCCUCACUGUGUGUCCCCAUUGGGUGGUCUGGGCACCUUUUCCAGAGCCUGGUUCAAGGACUCACGUUGUGCAGUCCUAGGUCUGAUGGAUCGGGUACUAAAGCUCUAAAAGAAGAAAACCAUUUAGGCUCCAAGUCUUCGGAGAUAUGUCCAGAGUAAGCACAGCUAACUGCAGCCAGGGGGAUUCUGUAGUAGAUCCCUGCAGCCAUACAAUAAACUCUUUUCCACAGUGGAAACUCCUUCCA